AGUAAGUCUUGCUAAGAAACGAAGGAAAGGAUAUGGAGGAGCAAUUUAUACUGAGAGUGCCCCCAGCAGUUGCCGAGAGAAUAGAGCGUCUGUUGAACGAUUCUUCUUCUUCUGAAGACAAAUCCUUGGACUUGUCAUUUUCUGAUGAUGGAAGGACUGGCAAAUUCGUAAUCGGGAAUGACAGUUUCUCCGCAUCCCUCUUGGAUCUUCCCACUGUUGUAGAGUCUUACAAAACAUAUGACGACAAUGUGUUGAUCAAAACUGCAGAUAUUGGCCAGAUGAUAAUGGUGAGAGAGGAGGGUGACAGUGCAGAAACAGGGGAGUACAGGCAUGGGCUUACUCCACCAAUGAGGGAUGCUCGAAGGCGAAGAUUUAGGCGGGAGCCUGACUUAAAUCCGGAGCUUGUCCGUCGUGUCGAGAAAGAUUUGCAAAACAUCAUGGCUGAAGAGUUUGAUGCCACUAAUACUGGUAAGAAUGUGGUUUCAACAUCUUCAGCAAAGCCAGAUGUGCCUGAAACUGGAAUGGUAGGUGGGGAGCCUGACCCUGAUGGGAGUGAUUCAGAUGAGACUGAUGACUCUAUG